ACUUCACAAAUCGACUUCGUACGUUAACCGAAACAAACGACCUUUUUUUUCUCCCAUCUCGACUUACCAAAACCCGAAAACUAAGCGACAGAGAAUAAAAUGCAAGUCGACGAGCAGGCAGCGUCGAGCUCUACUUUUCCGCAGCCUCCGACCUUGCGGCAGCUGUAUGGAGGCGCAUGCACCUGCGAGGUUUUCGGAGACUUUGAUGACGUCAGCGCAGUGCGCCAGGUUCCAGACGAGCAGGAGGUUUUCUGCAGUCGGAAUUUCGGUGCGGAUUCACUGAUCAUCGAGCUGCUUGCGGAUGACGCGUUCAGCAAGUCGGACCCGCGCGACGCGGUGCGGUUCCACUUCGCCGACCUUGCAAAGGCAAACCAGGCCGCAGCCUCCGAGGUCCUGCAAUGCCAAAGCCUCCCGCCGGUCAAUUUUGCUGGCAAGCAGGACGAGCGCACCUUUUGCAGCGUCGCAGCCGGAUGGCAGCAGUGCAGCAAUCGCACCGGCCAGGUGGAAGACAAGGUUUUCGUUUUGGUCGGUUGCGUCCGGUACGAAAAGUACAAAACGGAUGUGCUGAUAACUCUGAAUUGUGGACCUCUCGGGGAGGAUCAUCAGAGGCGGGCGGACGACAGCAGUGCGGCGGAACAGCAAACGGGAACCGAAGCGGACAAAGACACGGUCGCUUUCUGGGGCGAUGCGGUGGUUUCUUUCCUCAAGCAGGAGAAGCAAGCGCACGCUGUUUCCUAUCUCAGAACAUUUGCACAAAUUCUUAACUCAUUCCGCGUCGUGGACGACAACCUCUUUGUCAUGUAG